UCUUCCUCCUGUCUCCCCCAUCGCUCUCACACACACACACACAACUCACACCACAACUCAUACACAUCUCUGACACGACUCUGCCAUUGCUCCUCCCCACGGGCAGAGGCCGCUGUGGGUCCGAGGCCUAUCUGUAACUGAGGAGGUUCCUCUUCCUCACCCCGGCCGCUCUAGCAGGAGGUGGCAGGGAAGCUGGCGGCAGUGCAGGAAGCGAGGGAAAAACAGGCCGCAAGUGUAGGGGGUCCACCGUGAGGAAGAGGAGGAGGAGGAGGAGGAGGAAGAAGGCGGCGUGGCGGGGGCUGAGGCCUCCCCGUCGCCCCGGCCCAGGCGCCCAGGGACGGCGGGAACAGCAUGGCCGCCAGCCUGUGGAUGGGAGACCUAGAGCCAUAUAUGGAUGAGAACUUCAUUUCAAGAGCCUUUGCCACCAUGGGAGAGCUAGUUCUGAGUGUAAAAAUCAUCCGGAAUAGAUUGACAGGGAUUCCAGCAGGCUAUUGUUUUGUAGAAUUUGCUGACCUGGCCACUGCAGAAAAAUGUUUACAUAAAAUAAAUGGGAAACCUCUUCCUGGCGCCACACCUACAAAGCGAUUUAAAUUAAACUACGCCACAUACGGAAAGCAGCCUGAUAACAGCCCAGAAUAUUCACUGUUUGUAGGAGAUCUUUCCCCUGAUGUAGAUGAUGGGAUGAUAUAUGAAUUCUUUGUAAAAGUGUACCCAUCGUGUAGGGGUGGCAAAGUUGUUGUGGACCAGACAGGAGUUUCCAAAGGCUAUGGCUUUGUGAAAUUCUCAGAUGAAUUGGAACAGAAAAGAGCACUGAUAGAGUGCCAGGGGGCUGUCGGUCUUGGUUCUAAACCAAUACGCUUAAGUGUUGCCAUACCAAAAGCUAACCGGCUGAAGACGGUCGAGUACAAUCAGAUGUACAACUAUAACUAUAACCAGUACUACCAACAAUAUCAGAACUACUAUGCCCAUUGGGGGUAUGAUCAGAACACAGGCAGUUACAGCUACAGCUAUCCACAGUAUGGCUAUACGCAAAGCACCAUGCAGAGCUAUGAAGAGGUUGGUGAAGAUGCACUAGAAGGCUUCCUUCCUUUUUCAGAUCCAAUGCCCCAGAUGGAUGUGGGUGAAGCAAACAAACAGUUCAUGGAACAGAGUGAAGAGCUCUACGAUGCCUUGAUAGAAUGUCAUUGGCAGCCUUUGGACAGUGUCUCUUCAGAGAUCCAAGCCAUGUAGUUGCCUUGUUGCUGUGAUGCACUGUCUCCAAACAACGUGCCAGGACACCCUGGGCUGUAGCCAAGCACACGGAGCCUGCAGAUGCAGUUGGGUUGCCCCCUCCGUUCCUCUGGAUCCUUAACUUGGAAGACUACAGAGGAGGGCUUGCGGCAUUUCCUGUAUACGCUGAGCGGCAGAGGAGCACUGUGGACACUUCUAUUCAUGAUGAAAAUAGAACUCAGACACUUAGAGUUUCCCCCCUUUUUUUCUUUUUGUCAUGAGACAGACUUGUUAAUCCUUGGCAAGGAGUUGUAAUUUAUAAACUUUAAAAAAAAAGAUGGUGUGAUGGGGAAACUUUUACGUAUACAAUAAAAAAGUAUCUUUUACACAA